CUUAGAGAAAAUCUUGACACUAGACGUAUGGAAGUGACUAUCUGUCUCCAAAUUUCUCGCAAAAUAAGAACUUAGAAUAGGUUCUUUUUCACAUUACUCAGGCACAGGUUCCGUAAGUGGUUAUGGAGCGGUUUCGACCUUUGAUAUCACAGUCGAGUAAUUUUAUAGAUCCCCUGACUGCCAGUUUGGCAAAGGAUGAUGACUCAGUGUCAGUUGGGGAAGAUCCAAUUAUUUGCUUAAGCACAGCUGCCCCAACUGAGAGAUUAAGCAUGAGACAAGAGGAUCAUUUCAGUGCCACACAGCCAACCAGGGUUCUUGGUGGUGGUCUGCCUUAUGCUGCAGAAUGGGCACAAAUAUGUAAGUGUGCUGGGACAGAUGUUAUGCAGACCCUUGGCCAGUCUGGGGAGAUGCGAGCAAGCAGGUUUCGAUCAGUGUGUUGGAGAAUAUACCUUGGGGUUCUGCCAGGAGAUCAUACUCAGUGGUUAAAAGUCAUAAGAGACGAACGUGAGAGGUAUGAAGACAUCAGACAUCGCUUGAUGGUCACUCCUGGACUUGGCGAUGAGACACUAGACCCACUAGUGAACAACCCCCUCUCUCAGCAUGAGCAGAGUCCAUGGAACCAAUACUUUGAGGACUCAGAACUUAAAAAGUUAAUCAGACAAGAUGUCGUACGCACUUUUCCGGAAGUUGAGUUUUUCCAGUCACUUCGCAUCAGGGAUUUGAUGGUCACAGUCUUGUUUUGCUACGCUCGUCAAAACCCAGAGGUCUCGUAUAGGCAGGGUAUGCAUGAGGUGCUGGCUCCUCUAAUCUUUGUAUUACACUGUGAUCAUCAAGCUCAUCAACAUGCUCAUGAAAUGGAUCCUACAACAAAUGUUCUUCAAGAAAUUAUGGAUGAAGCUUAUUUAGAACAUGAUGCAUAUUGUUUAUUUGAGGGGGUGAUGAAGGGACUGGAGCCAUGGUAUGUAGUCUCAGAAACAGGAAGCCAACCUGACCCUCGAUCUACUCUAUUAAAUGCUCAGCCAUUUGCCAGGCCACAGGACAUAGGACCAACAAACUUGCUAGUUCAGAAGCUGACGAGCAUCCAUGAUAAUCUCCUACAACGACAUGACUCAGCCCUCUACUCCCAUCUUGCCCGUCUCGAAAUUCCUCCUCAGAUUUACGGCAUUCGAUGGAUCCGCCUGCUGUUUGGAAGAGAGUUUUCCUUACAAGACCUCCUCAUGGUGUGGGAUGCAAUCUUCUCAGACAGCCAACCAACAUUCCCCUUAGUGGACUUCCUCACAAUUGCUAUGCUGUCAUUCAUUAGAGAGCCAUUGUUGAUGGGUGACUACACUACUUGCUUGAAGUUUCUUAUGCGCUAUCCAGCAGCUGCAGAUGUUCAGUACAUCAUACAGCUGGCUCUUCACCUACGCAACCCUAAACAGCACCCACGGCCGCCAGGAUAUUCAAGUGGAGCUUCGCGUCACAUUCCAACAGUAGGGGGGCGCCCUGAUAUUCACAGAGGACCUCAGACAUUAGUGCCCCAAGAAACAGCAGCAAGAUCAUCCAGUGUACCACGCACCCAGCAGUCAAAGAUAAAGAAGAGGACCACCUCAGGGGAACAAGCUCCGACCGCAGCUGAAGGCUCAACAGCAAGGAGGCUGUCCUCUCCAAAUGCAUUUACUGAUCCAUUAAAUGCUGCAGUGAUCUUCAGUAAUAGUUCAAGCAGCAAUAAAAAUAACAGUGGGAAUGAAGCACGAAAUGAUAAUGGUUGUGAUAGUAGCAGCAGCAGUAGUGUGAACAACCAGGGCACGACUAGAGCAAGCAAAGUAGUCUCUGGAUUGGUGCGUUUGGGAGGCAAACUGGGUAGACCAAGAGAUUUGCCUGUCUCGCGCCACUUGUCCAUUCAGUCCCCUCCAACUCCUUCACCUAAUACAGUUGCUUUUGUAGCAUCCCAAGCACAGAGUGAAAAGUCCAUGCCUCUUGUGCCAACCAUGAAGGAACUAUCAGUUGUCAGGACCAAAUCAGCACCUGUAAGCAGCAGCAGGAAAGAACAGGUGUACAGCAGCAAUCAGUCUUCAGAUGAGAGCGAUGAUGAGAGCAGCACAGAGAAGAAGACGUCUGGAGAUGACACAGAGGUAAUGACUGUAGAGGAUAUGUCAGCUGUGUGUCUAGGAUGUGCCAUGAAGUUAUCUCAUCACUCAGCUUCCAUCAAGACCCGCUUAUCACAGCUCCAAGUGCAGCCAGAUGCCUCACUUAGGAUGGCACUGGAAGGGAUAGCAGAGGUUAUAGAAACCCUAUCCGGGGUGAGAAACCAGCUGAGUGCCUCAACUGGGACGGUCUACAAUGGGCAAGUGGAAGAGUGCACUUCCCAGGCUGCAUCAAGCCUGACAUGUGAGCCAACAGAGCAUCACCCACUCUCCCAUCCCUUAACUGUAGAUGAGCAGAUUACCUGAAUAAUAUUGAUAUUGCAUUAUUCAUUAUUAUGUAAAAGAAAUAUCAUGAUAUACAGUAUAUACUUAUACAUAUUGUAUAAUGAACCUUUGUGUCUUACACUCUCUAGAGAAACAAUGAUGAUUGUAUCGUCAGUCAUUGCAUUGGAAUGAAGCAUAUAUUACUAUUUUCCAGAGAUUAUACUUUUUUCCAUACCCAGUUUUAUUGGUGGAUUAUAUUUGAUUGAAGUAUGCAUAUUAUUACUAAAGUCUUUCAUGGUACUAUGUCUAAAGAUUCUAUAUAUAUUAUAUACA